AUGGCUUCAUCUCCACCCACCGCCGCCGACCAAUCUUUCCCGAGCUACCUCACCACCGUCAACGUUUCAAACUUUGUCUCCUCCAAACUCUCCGGUGACAGCCGCUCGAGCAAUUACCCGUCCUGGAGACAGCAGUUGCUCUGCCUCAUCGAGGCCCACGACCUGACCCGCUUCAUCGACGGCACGAUUCCGCCGCCAAGUCCUCCACCGUCUGUCCCUACCCCCGCCGCCGCCGACGACGAGGACGCCCGGAGGUCAAGGGACGACAAUAAUGUGGCGUGGAGGACGGAUCGAGUGGUCAAGGGCUGGAUUCUCGGGUCACUGGCCGACCCGGUGCUCCGGACGGUGGCCCAUUUAGCCACCGCCAGAGAUGUGUGGGCCGAGCUCGAGAAGAACAUCGGCGGGCCCCCCCCCAGCCACCGGCCCGCCACAGCCACAAGAGCCACGCUUAUGGGUGAAUGGGCCCAAGCCAAACAAAUCAUAGACAGGGACCCGCACGCCACCACGGCCCGGAUAGCCUUCACCUUGGAGACUUCCCUCCACAUAGCCGUGGGCACGGGCAAGGCCCUCCAUUUCGUCCAAAACCUAGUUGACAUAAUGCCCGACGACUUAUUAGGAGUGAAAGACGAGCUCGGUUACACGGCUCUCCACGUGGCGUCUCUGACAGGAAACACGGCUGCCGCCAAGAUCCUCGUGGACCGAAGGCCCGAUUUGCUGUGUGUGCCCGAUAACACGGGUAGCUUCCCUGUCCACCUGGCGGCAUUGUCGGCCCAUGGGGAGACCCUUUGGUAUUUGAUAUCUGAGACGAAGGACGACUGGUUCCCGAGCCCGUACCUUGGGGAGACGGGCCUCAAGCUUCUGUGUAUUGUGAUUGAUGCUGAUAUUUUUGAUGUGGCCUUGUAUUUGGCUAAAAAGUAUACACAUUUGGCUGCUUUGAAAUUGAGAGAUGGCACGUCGGCUUUGAGCAGGAUAGCGCUUAAGGACUCUGCUUUCUCGAGUGGCAUAAGGCGAUUCAACUUUUGGGAACGGUUUAUUUACUCGGUUCCUCGUGCGAAGGCCAAUCGCCAAAGAAAACGCACUCAUGAGCUGGCGUUUGAGCUUGUUCUAUCCCUGUGCAAGAAUAUGGAGUCCUUAGAUUACAAGCAGGCCUCCGGAAUCUACGUGGACGUAAUGCUUACGGCUGCACGCUUAGGUGUUCACGAGGUUAUCGAGGAACUUGUGGCCACAUUUCCGGCUGCCAUAUACUCCCGUAAUUUCCACUCAAAACAGUACAUAUUCCACGUGGCAGUCGAAAACCGUAGUGAAAAGGUGUUCAACCUGAUUUACCAAACGAGCUCCCUUAGGCAUCAGUACUCGGAUUUGGUGGAUGCUAACGGAAACACUCUCCUUCACCUGGCUGCACGGUUGGCCCCACCGCACAAACUCAAUCUUGUUUCUGGUGCCGCUCUUCAAAUGCAGCGCGAGUUGCAGUGGUUUGAGGAAGUGAAGAAAUUUCUCCACCCGUAUUCUCGAGAAAGAAUGAACAAUUCCGGGAAAACGCCAAAGAUGGUAUUCACAGACGAGCACAAGGAACUAAAAGCUGAAGGCGAGAAGUGGAUGAAGGACACAGCAAAUUCGUGCACAAUUGCUGCAGCAUUGAUUGCCACAGUUGUGUUCGCCGCCGCUAUCACGGUCCCGGGUGGAAAUGCGUCCAAUGGCUUCCCUUUCUUCUCCACAAAGGCUGCCUUCAUAAUAUUUGCGGUCUCAGAUGCCAUUUCUCUUUUCACGUCCACAACUUCUCUCUUGAUGUUCUUAUCUAUUCUGACGUCACGCUAUGCAGAGGAAGAUUUCAUGUACGCAUUGCCCAAGAGGCUCUGCAUUGGGCUUGUUACACUUUUCAUGUCCAUCUCGUUUAUGAUGGUAGCAUUUAGCGCGACGCUUUAUAUAGUUUUCGGCCGGGAAAAGGCUUGGAUACUCAUACCGGUAGCUGCCCUUGCUUGUUUGCCCGUGACCUCGUUCGUGCUGCUGCAGUUCCCGUUGCUCGUGGAUGUUAUUUCUAAUACGUAUGGUCGUGGCAUUUUCGGCAAGCAGAGCAACCGCCCCUUCUACUGA